AUGGGCCCAAGUUAUGAUAGGUUUCGUGCUCUUACCAGUACAUUGAAAACCAACAUAACUAAAUUGGGCUUCCCCAGUCAGUCUCUUCACGCUGGCGUCGGUGGGCUUUCUCCUGGCUUAGGAUCUACCGAAGCUCUCGAAUCAAAUGCAGGGGAUUGUGACUUAAGCCAGACAGAAUCCAUUGAAGUUCUCGGUUCUGCUACCACUUUAGCUUCAAGAAAGAGGAAGCUACCAUCAUCCUGCUUGUCCACCUCUAUUGGUGUUCCUGGCAGCGGAGCGGCUGGUGGCACUUAUGUUAUGAGUGGGGAUGUCGAUAGUUUAGCUGAUGGUACUGAUGGUCUUAUUGCUGUUUCAGAGGGCACUACUCUAUGUGGUGUGAGUUCCUCUUCUGUUUCUUGCCCUUCCAUUGGCGGGUCUGGAGCUAAUUCAAACCUUGGCCAGAUAGUCAGCUCAGCUGGCCGUUCAACGCGCCGAAGCGCGGCUGCCGCUGGUACACUUGGCAAUACAAGUCAUUCAGGAGUUAUAACUCAUCAAAUUUUAUCCAGUGGGGGUGCCAUGAUAGUGGAUGAAGGAAAGGCUAAAUUAAAUUCCCUCGGUUUCCCCAUUGACCACCCUUUCAACAAAGAAGGCUAUAGGUAUGUUUUGAUAUAUUUCAUCCUUUCAUUUUCCCUAUUACUUACGCGAAUAAGAGCUUAUUAUAGUGAUACAACCUUGUCCAUUCUAUUGCAUAAGGCCUCAACUACUAACUUUCAAACUACUCUCCUAUGA